UUGAUUGAUUGAGCCUUUACCAUUUCGUUAUCGUUCACUUCCUACAAAAGAAUAUUUCUUUCCCCCUCUGUAUCACCUUCACCUCCGGCUACAUCUCCGGCUUAGAGCUUGAUGUUUCGUCUUCUUCUACUUACGUGGAGUGAAAGCUGAUUAAAAACAUUAUUCCACCGCGAAGCUUCUUCUGUCUGCAUACUGUAUACACACAGACACAAAAUCUAAUCCAGGAGAGUUUUUUUGUCUGAAACAGAGACAGAUUCAGUUUCUGUUAGGUGGUUUUUCAAGUAUGCUACCAAGUGGGUUGAAAGAAACUGAACUCAACAACAACAACCAGAAGGUCCAUCCACAACCACAACCAAUGGAACAACAAUCAAUCAACCAGAACCCUGAAGCUAUGGAAGCACUCAUCUCCAACCUCUUUGGAAACAUCUCUUCUUUGAAAUCUGCUUACAUCCAGCUCCAAUCUGCUCACACUCCUUACGACCCCGACAAGAUCCAGGAAGCCGACAAGGCUGUCAUCUCUGAACUCAAGAAUCUCUCCGAGCUGAAACAUGUUUACAGAGAGAACAACCCCAAGCCUGUGUGCGUCUCUCCCAAAGACUCUCGUUUAGCUGCGGAGAUCCAAGAACAGCAGAGUCUGUUGAAGACUUAUGAGGUCAUGGUUAAGAAGUUUCAGUCUGAGAUUCAGAACAAGGACUCUGAGAUCGCUCAGAUGUUGCACAAGAUCGAGGAAGCUAAUCAGAAACGUCUCAAGCUCGAGAAGAAUCUUAAGCUAAGAGGAAUGUCGUCGUCCACUAAUGAAUCUUCUGGUGAUUUGCAGUUUCCUGACUUGACCAUUGAGCUUUUUGUAUCUACCUAUGAAGCUGCUUCUAAAGCUGUUCAUGAUUUCUCAAAGCCGUUGAUCAACAUGAUGAAAGCUGCGGGAUGGGAUCUUGAUUCUGCAGCUGAUUCCAUUGAGCCUCAUGUUGCUUACGCCAAGAGGCCUCACAAGAAAUAUGCGUUUGAAUCAUACAUAUGCCAGAGGAUGUUCAGUGGGUUUCAGCAGGAAACUUUCUCAUUAGACUCGGAUGACACUGACACCUUCUUCCCUCAGUUUCUUGCUCUGAAAGACAUGGAUCCACUAGAUGCUCUGGCUACAAACCCUGAUUCCAACUUUGGUAAGUUCUGUAAGAGCAAGUAUCUCAUCUUGAUCCACCCAAAGAUGGAAGCUUCUUUCUUUGGAAACCUAGACCAGCGUGACUACGUGGCAGGAGGUGGCCACCCGAGGACCGCGUUUUACCAGGCCUUCUUGAAACUAGCAAAGUCUAUAUGGUUAUUGCACAGGCUGGCUUACUCGUUUGACCCAGCUGCAAAGAUCUUUCAAGUGAAAAAGGGUAGUGAGUUUUCUGAUUCGUACAUGGAAAGUGUUUUGAAGAACAUAGUUGUGGAUGAAAAGGGAGAGAGCCCAAGUGUUGGUCUUAUGGUGAUGCCUGGGUUUUGGAUUGGUGGAAGUGUGAUUCAGAGCCGAGUUUAUGUCUCAGGUGUUAAGGUCGUUGAAUGAAGGAGAUUCUGGUCUUGUCCUAAAGCUUCCCACUUUGUUGUGCAACUUUUAUUUUUUCUGCUUGUUAUAAAUUGUAUUUUUCAGUAAGCUUGCAUGUAAUUGUUCAGAACUCAUAAGCAAACGAGAUAUUUAUUCUCCCAACCAAAAAGAAGUUUAUUAUCAUAUAUAAAUGUUGGCCUAA